CAGUUGCAGAGCGCCGGCGACCGGGCGGUGGGGAGGGCGCUGCGCGGAGCCGCCGCUGGAGUGCGCGGAGCGGGGCUGCCGCCGCGCCGGGGGCGAGGAGUGCACCGCGCGCCGGCGAGGGACAGCGCGCCGCGGGAGCAGCCCUCCCCGGGCACCGGGACCUGCUGUUGGCUUGCCGCCUUGCUUUACCCUCUCGUUUAAUUUAUUUUCCCCCACUUAUACUUUGAUCCGCUGGGAUUUUUUUUUCCUCCCUUUCCUACAGAGCCUCCUCACGCCCCAGUUCCCUCCCUCUCUAGCCAGUUUGGAUUUUUUUCUUCCUUUUUUUUCCCCCCCAUAUAUUACUAUUCUGAUUUUUUUUUUUUUUUAAGCGGUGGAAAAAGUGAGGGAGAGAGAGACAGAAGCAGAGAGGACAGGAGGAAAACGCUCUGUUCGUCCCCUCCGCCACCGCCACCCCGACUUGUGGAGAGGGGUCGGGCCGAGCGGCUGUGGGAUCAGCCCCUUUCCCCUGGGGAGGCGACCCCGGCUCGGGGAGCCGCCGGAGAUACCCGCCGCGAAGAGGGGGCUCAGGAAAAGAGAUGCAUUGAAAGUUUCCGCGCAAACUUUGGCGUCAGUGCGCGAAACCGAGCGAGCGCGGCGCGGGUGCCUGCCUGCCCCGACGCGGGGAGAGCGGCCGCGGACGGGAGCCGCUGUGGAGCUCGGACUGCCCGGCGGCGGGGGCCGGGCGUCGGCGGGGCGGCCGCGGAGCCUGCGCUCGGCCCGGCGGAGCGCCCACGGAAAGCAGCAGCGGGGGCCGGCGGAGAGCCGGGCUUAUGGAGGGGUGAAACCGGAGACCCCGAAGAGGAACCCCCCUUCCCCCGGAACCUUUCGCAGCGCCCGGCCGGCGGCACCCCAGGAGGCGGCGGCGGCGAGCACGGAGGAGGCGCGGGCGAGAGCGCGGCGGGGCGGCGGCGGCGGCGGGGCGGCGGCGAGGCGGAGCGCGGCAGGCCCCGCUCCGCGGCGUGCGCCGGCAACCAUGAACUUUCUGCUCACUUGGAUCCACUGGGGGCUGGCGGCGCUGCUCUAUCUCCAGAGCGCGGAGUUGUCGAAAGCUGCGCCUGCCCUGGGGGACGGGGAGCGGAAACCCAAUGAAGUUAUCAAAUUCCUGGAAGUCUACGAGCGCAGCUUCUGCAGGACAAUUGAGACCCUGGUGGACAUUUUCCAGGAGUACCCUGAUGAGGUGGAGUACAUAUUCAAGCCAUCCUGUGUGCCUCUGAUGAGAUGUGCGGGUUGCUGCGGCGAUGAGGGCCUAGAAUGUGUCCCUGUGGAUGUGUACAACGUCACAAUGGAGAUCAUGAGAAUUAAACCCCAUCAGAGUCAGCACAUAUCACACAUGAGCUUCUUACAGCACAGUAAAUGUGACUGCAGACCAAAGAAAGAUGUCAAAAACAAACAAGAAAAAAAAUCAAAGCGAGGAAAGGGGAAGGGUCAAAAGAGAAAGCGCAAGAAAGGCCGGUACAAACCACUCAGCUUUCACUGUGAGCCUUGCUCAGAGAGGAGAAAGCACUUGUUUGUACAAGAUCCCCAGACCUGUAAAUGUUCCUGCAAAUUCACAGACUCACGUUGCAAGUCGAGGCAGCUUGAGUUAAACGAGCGCACUUGCAGAUGUGAAAAACCGAGACGGUGAGCAGCGGAAAAGAAGGGGGAACAGCCCUGUUUCUGGAGCCUGAUUUCUCGCCUGGACAGAAAAAAACAAAACACUAAUCCAAAUGAACCCUAAAAAUGAAGGAUCGGUAGAGCACAGCACUUUCAGUACGGACGAUGGACUCCGGAAGGAACAUUCCCCAAGGCACCCGCCGCACAGAAUUCACCUUUGGGUUUUGAACUGUUUUAUUUUAUUUUUCUUUUCAUGCUGCUAAAUAACAGAGCCAGGAAGACUUAUAGGGGUGUAUUUGAUGGGUUUUCCCAUGCAUACAUAUAUAUGUGUGUAUACAUGCAUAUACAUAUAUAUAUAUGUAUAUAUAUUUUAACCACAUCUAUAUAUACAUAUAUGUAUAUCUUAACCACACACACACACAUAUAUAUAUAAUAUAUAUAUAUACUGAUUAUUUUUUUUAACAUUGCUAAUGUUAUUGGUGUCUUCACUGGAUAAUACUCGACUGCUGUGGACACAAGCGGGCUACUUGGGGCAUAAGAAACAAGCUAAGACUGGACUGAGUAGAAGCGCUGGGUGUAAACUUCUUAACUCUAACUGACUUGUGCGGCCUCCGCUGUUUCUCUGUAGAGUGUGCUGUACCACAAACCACCUUCUCCUUGCCUGGGACAGGGAGGAGAGGUGAUGGAGAGGAUGGGCAGGGAGUUCCAAAGAGCGGCAUCCUAGGGUGGUGCGAUGGGUCAAAGGCCAAGGAAAUGGCCGUCUCCGUGAUCAAGGAUUCCUCCUCCCCUCUCUUCCCCCAACCUUCGCCCUUACUCGUCUCAUAAUCUGCCUGCCUUGAUGGGACAUGGGAUGUCAGUGUACAUUUUGCGUUGACUUUAUUUGCUAUAGAAACUUUGCCAGAGAGACGUGCUGGCUUCUCUUAAGGAUGGUGGGCAGCUGAUGCGCACUAGCUUUCCAUUCACGGAAGUAUCACAGGAGUCUAGAUUUCCCGCCCUUGGUGGCUGCAAAAGGACACAAGGUCUACAGUGUGCUGAAGCAAGAAUGGGGACCGGUGCAUAGCCACACAGUUGUUCAGCACUGUCUGCUUUCUUCAUGCACAGAGCUGCCACUCAAGAGCAUCCAAGAUGCUUACGGAACAUUUCUGGAAAGGGAUAUUAAUCAAAAGUAUAUACACAGUAGGGGGUGUGUGUGCGUAUGUAUGUGAAAGUACGCAUUUGUGUCUGUGUGUAUGUAUGUAUGUAUGUAUGUAUGUGUUUUUCUCUCUUUUUUAUAUAUAUAUAUUUAUUUUUAUACAUAUAUAUAUAUAAAAAAAUAAUAUAUUUGUAUGCCAAGAUUGAAGGGGGAAAAAAGAAAGGAACUUUUGCUGCCUUCAGUUUGCGUGCCCAGUGUGAAUGACCCUUAAGAACGUCAAGACUUUUUUUUUAUGACAUACUGUAAAUAUCAGGCCCCUUUUCCACAUCUUGAGCUGGGGAAUCAAAUGUGAAGGCAGGCAGAGUCCCUUAGCCAUGUCAUGAGAAUCUUGGCUAUGUGUGUAUCGGCAAUAUACACUGUGGUGUAUGUGAAACCCACCUUACACAUGCGCGCACACACACACCCCCCCCGAAAGUGUGUUUGUACAUCUAUGUGGAUAUAUAUAAUCUAGUUCUGUGAUUAAAAUUAUUAUUAUUAAUAAUAAUAAUCAAAAAGGUACUCGGUCUGUGUCAGAAUGCUGCCAAACAUCAUCUGCAAUUGUAUUUUCAACGCCUGAUAAUGUACAACACGGAAAGCUUCCAAAAAGACAAGACAGUCUAAAAACAGACUCACAACAAGCGACUACUAACCACUAGGAUCUCCCCAUCCAACCGAUGGCUUUCAGAAGGAGAGAAAACACAUGGGUGGGUGCUUGCAUCUGCAAUGUAUAAUACUCAUGCUGCAUCGUGCGCAAGACAGAGGCUUCCGAUCGGGGGGAGGGAAGAGAAAGUGUUUUAUAUACUUAUUUAAUAUCCCUUUUUAAAUUAGAAAUUAAACAGAUAAUUUAAUUAAAGAGUAGGGAUUUUUCAGUAUUCUUUGUUAAUAUUUAAUUUCAACUAUUUAUAAGCCGUACCUUUUUUUUUUUUAUUUGUACUUGUUGUGUAUAAAUUUAACCUUCCUGUUGUCCCAUCCCUUAUCUCCCCAAUUGUUGGCAGAGUCAGUAGCAUGUUAUGGGCAGUUAUUUAAUUAAUUUCUCUAACACCUACCCCUACACAUUCCUAUUGAGACAAGGGUUAGAUAUACAUCUACAUACUAUAUAUAUAUUUGGCUAUGUGUUUGUAUAUAUAUAUAUGUUUAUGUAUAUGUGUGAUUCGGAUUAAAUAGACGCUACGAUUUUUUUAUAUAUGUAAAAAGAAGAAGCAGGAAAAAUAGAAAAUUCUACAUCUUGAAUCUCUCUCCUUUUUAAUUUUAAUAUUUGUUAUCAUUUUAUUUAUUGGUGCUACUGUUUAUCUGUAAUAAUUGCGGGGAAAAAAGAUAUUAACACUACAUAUUGUGUCUAGUGAAUUUUUUCAAGAUAUUCCUUAGUACAUAUUUAUUUUUAAACAAAAAAAUUACAGAUAUAUCUUAAAAAACGACGACGACGACGACAAACAAACUUUUUUUUGUAUUAAAGAAUUUAAUUCUGA